AUGCCCUCUGCGGGGCUCCUGGUGGAAGUGAUCCUGCAGUACACCUCUGAGCUGUUGUUCCACAUCGCGCGACUUUUCUACUUCAUCGACGAAAAACACCAGAAAAUGUUCGACCUGUGGGCAGUGAGUUUUGUGUUGACGCGGAUGGCCACUCUGACCCUCAUGUUCCUGGCUGUGGGCUUCGGUCUGGCUCGAUCUGAAAACCAGGGUCUGGACUGGGACUCUGGGAACUUCAACACAGUCCUGAUCAGGAUGCUGGUGCUGUUGCUGGUGUGUCUGACUCAGUCCUGGUUGUUGUGGAAGUUCAUCCGUUUCCAGCUUCGCAGAUGGAGAGAGUUCAGACUCGAGACAGCGCUACGUAAGAAGACCGCAACGAAACCGACACGACUGAAGAGGGACUCCUUGGGUCAUCACGAAAACGGCGUCCUCAAAGCAGAGAACGGAGCCUCUCCACGGAUCAAAAAGCUGAAGUCCCCCUGA